GGUUAACACAAAAAAAUUUCAUUGAUAAUUUUUCUCAGAUUCAAUUGCAAAAAAAUUAGUAAAAUCUCGAAGUUUUUAGAGCAAAUAUAAAAAUUUAAAUUUCUCAGCUGCAUUAUUUCUUCAACAAUAGAAUUAUUUUGAAUAUUACUUUGUUUAGGUGAUUAGCGAGACGAAAUUUCACGUCUACCAAAAAAAUAUUGUUUUAAAACAAUCGAUUCUUUUUCUUUCAGUACUAAAGUUCAAUGAGGUUUACCUUAUAAAUUCGAAUGAAGAGAAGGGGGGCAAUAAUUUAUUCCUUAAUGUAUGGUUCUUGAAAACAGGGAUCAUUUCUACCUCGUUACAAUUCAGUAUUGUUGUUAAAAAGUGUCCCGAUUGUGAAAAUGUUGGGUCCAUUAGUGAGUGUCGAGGAAUGUGAAGAAAUCGACGGAAAAAUUCAAGAUAUAAUAUCUAAAAGGAUAAAGCACAAGAAGUUGGAUCAAAAGAAUAAGUUUGAAAAGGAGUUACAAGAUGCUGCAGUACAAGAAAAUCCCUACUAUAGCGAAAAAUAUCGACAAAUAUAUGAAAAGUCGAUAUUGAAUCCUGAAGAAUUUUGGGGAGAAAUCGGGAAUUCAAUUGAAUGGAGUAAGCCAUGGAAAAAAGUUCUAGAUGACUCUAAUCAACCAUUCACAAAAUGGUUUGUUGGCGGAGAGACCAACGCUUGUUACAAUGCCGUAGAUAGGCAUGUGAAGGCAGGAAAUGGCUCAAAAGUUGCACUCAUUCAUGACAGUCCUGUAACUCAAGUCAUCAGGAAGGUGACAUAUGCCGAAUUAUUAGAUGAAGUAUCGCAUUUGGCGGGAUGUUUAGCUAAACUGGGAGUUGAGAAAGGAGAUAGAGUUUUGAUCUACAUGCCACUCAUUCCAGAAGCAGUUAUAUCCAUGCUGGCUACUGCUAGAUUGGGAGCUGUCCAUUCCGUCGUUUUUGGAGGGUUUGCCGCAAGAGAACUUAGUACUAGAAUUGUCCACUCCGAGCCAAAAGUGAUAAUUGCAGCUAGUUGUGGAGUAGAACCUCAUAGAAUUAUUAGAUAUAAAGAUAUACUGAAUGAGGCACUAGAGAUGUCUUCACACAAGCCGAAUAAAUGUAUUAUAUACCAAAGAAGAAACGUCGAAAGCUGUCCUUUAGAUGUAGAGAUGGAUUUGUUAUGGGAGGAUGCUCUGAAAUUUGGGCCACACGACUGUGUACCAGUUGAAGCCAACGAACCUCUCUAUAUUCUUUAUACCUCAGGAACCACAGAUCAACCGAAGGGUAUUCAAAGACCAGUAGGUGGACAUAUAGCUACGUUAUGUUGGACUAUGAGCGUAGUUUAUGGUAUGGGUCCAAAUGACGUUUGGUGGGCUGCUAGUGACCUUGGGUGGGUGGUUGGACAUUCUUAUAUUUGCUACGGUCCACUUUUAGCGGGAAUUACAAGUGUGAUGUAUGAGGGAAAGCCCGAUCGAACACCAGAUCCAGGACAAUAUUUCAGAAUUAUAAACGAGCACAAAGUUAAUGGACUAUUUACAGUGCCUACCUCUUUUCGUGUUAUCAGAAGAGAAGAUCCAGAUGUUGAGUUCGGUAGAAAAUACAAAAUAGAAAGCUUGAGAGUUAUAAUAGUAGCUGGAGAACACUGUGAUUAUGAAACCAAACAAUGGGCAGAGAGGGUAUUCAAUGUUCCGAUUUUGAAUCAAUGGUGGCAGACUGAAACAGGUCAUGUGAUGGCAGCCCAUUGUAUCGGAUUUGGUCAUAGUAUGGAACCACCAAAACAUAGUGCCGGUAUGGCUUUCCCUGGAUACGAUAUUAGGAUAUUACGUGAAGAUGGUACAGAGGCUGGUAAGAACGAAUUAGGAAGGAUUGUGGUGAAGUUACCUUUGCCACCAGGCACCAUGUCCACCCUUUAUCAAGCUCCUGAGAAGUUUUGCCAACAUUACUUCCAGAGAUACCCAGGUUACUAUGACACAAUGGAUGCAGGAUACAUCGAUGAAUAUGGAUAUAUUUACGUGACAGCUAGAGAUGACGAUGUUAUAAAUGUAGCGGGUCACAGGAUAUCUACCGCAGCUCUAGAAGACGUAGUAUUAGCUCAUCCUGACAUUGCAGAUGCAACAGUUAUAGGCGUUCCAGAAUCAACAAAGGGUGAAGUACCUCUAUGUAUGUUCGUUCUUAAAAAAGAUUCACUCAAGUCAGAAGCAGCAGUUACACGUGAUAUUAUUAGGAUGGUACGAGAAUUGGUAGGUCCUAUCGCGGCUUUUAGACUUGCUGUUGCUGUGAAUGGAUUACCACGAACGCGGUCUGGAAAGAUUUGUAGAAAAAGUAUUGCCGAUUUAGCCAGAAAUAAGGACAUUAGGAUACCAUCAACCGUGGAGGAUUCAUCAGUAUAUAAAAGCAUUCGAGCAUCUUUGCAGAAGUUAGGCUUUGAAUGUUCAUCACUACCAGAGUAUCUGUAACGCAUUUGAAAUUUUAAAUAGAACUAUAAAUUCUGUUAUAGAUAUUUGAAAUUAUACUGAUUUGUUAUGAAUUAAAUAUUCCAUAAUAAUGUUUGAUCAA